AUGAAGUCGAACAUGCGGGCUUAUUUUGCGCAAGAAACGAUCCUUGGGGAAUACCCUCGCAUUUCGUGGUGGAAAUAUAAGACUUUUAGUGCAUUCCGACGUGUCUUGCCUGACCUUCUCAUGGAACAAUUCACGGAGGAACAUGCUAAGCUGCUAUUGAGCAAAGAAUGGAUGGCAAAGGCUGAUGCUGGGAAGGCCACUCCCUAUCUUCUUAAGUUCCACUAUUCCCCGCAAGAUCUCUCGUGCUGUAUCUUAGUCACGGACACGAAAUCGGUAUGGACAGAAGUGCUGAAUAGUAAGCAAAUGGCCCGUCGAUGGCGUACUUGCAAUGCACUCUCACCUGGACCCUUCCCGAAGACUGGUGACGAAGAUACAUGGAGAGAACAGACACUUGAAUUGUUAUCGCAAGCCCAUACGAUAGGUGGCUUUGCGGAGCUCUCGUUUGAAAUCGUGGACUCGACCUAUUCAGAUCUCGCCAUGGAAUUCGAAUGCGAGGCAUUCAAAUGGAGAUGGGAGAUAUGCUUUCUCGGUCACAAAUGGGCGUCUGAAAUCAUAUCCAAACACCUCAUUUUUCCGCUCAUCAGCCUCAACCACCUGACCUUUUCAUCGGCGGAUGUUGUGGGUGAGAUUCCUGAUGGUGACAUUGAAAAGACAGUCGAUAAGCUUGGUCGAACUGCAAGACGAACUCUUGACACGCACAUCAAAAAUGCAAUGUCGAAACCGCGUAUUGCGACGAUGAUCAGGCGCAUCACGGCCAUGUUCAACUUUGUGCCAGAUCUUCCCCCCGUAGCAUCCGCCAUUGGAAAGGUUGAGCUCAAGAUUGACCAAUACGAGCCAGAAAAGAGGGCUCCUCCAAGAAUAGCCCGAGAAGAAGAGAAGCGCAACAGUUCCCCCAAACCUAUCCCCGAAAGGGCUGCUAGCAAGCGCGAGCGCAGUGUCGAGAUGAAGAAUGCCGAACCAGCCUCUAGCGAAACUGAAGAAUCCGAUGCAGAGCCCCCGCCGGCGGUGACAAGCAAACAUGCGAUUUCUUCGGCAGUAGCUGGGCCUUCGAGGACUGCGCAGGGAAGCCCCAUGCCUGAACGCCAUGUCGACACUCCUCCACCGGCAUCUAAGCCCAAUGCUGAACCAUCUGAUUCUGACUCCUCCCCACACCGGCCCGUCAAAAAGGCCAAGUCUAAAGCCCCCACAUCUAGUGACGAAGACAGUGAGCAAGACAUCAAGACAAAAUCCGCCCGUGGUGCGUCUGCUGGAGGCAUUAAACGUGGUGCAAGACAGCCGCUCAAGCGUGGAGGCAAACGUUUCUAG